AUGUUUGAACGUAUUAUUUUACCAAAUGCUUUCAUAUUUAGUCAAGGAUUAUUGCGAUUCCAUCCCGCACUCAACUUUUUACCUGAUGAGUUAAUUUUGGGGGCAAAAAAAAUACAUUUUAAGGAAAUUAGAAGUGCAGUAGAGUACGAAGAUGUUAGCGAGUUGAAGAAAUUUGAAGUAGAAUUUUUAAUGGUUUUAUGGAGCAAUUUUGAUGCUCAUUCAAUGGAUUUUAUCUACAAGAUUUCAAAUAAAAGUAGCUUUCUGAUCCAAUCAUUGACCAAGGAGAGUGUCGGGAACAUGAGACAAAGCUUAAUGUUGAUGUUACAAAAAACUUGA